AUGUCUGUUAAGUUGCUCUGCAAGAGGAAGAGUGUGAGCGCAUACCUCAGCCAGCUGAAGGUGUUCCGCAGCACACGCAGGGAGAUGGACUCGCUGAAGAAAGAACUGGAGGAGGAACUGAAGCUGAGCACAGAUGAUCUGAGGAGCCACGCCUGGUACCACGGGACCCUCACCAGAGAGGCGUCAGUGGCUCUGCUGAGGAGAGAUGGGGACUUCCUGGUGCGUGAGUCCAGUUCAGCUCCAGGGGAUUACGUCCUGAGCUGUUGCUGGAAAAAUGACUCUAUGCACUUUAAAAUAAUCCGAGUGGUUCUGCGACCCAAAAAGGGAUACUCAAGGGAGCUGUUCCAGUUUGAGGAGGAUCGCUUCGAUAGCGUCCCAGCUCUGAUACGCUUCUACGUGGGUGGCAGGCGGCCCAUCUCCAAAGCGUCUGGAGCGGUAAUCUUCCAGCCCAUUGCUCGAACUGUGCCCCUGCGUGUGAUUGGAGAGCGCAGGGAGGAGGGUGGCCACAACGGCAACUCGGGCUGGGCCAAACGGCGCAGCUUCAGCACAGCACAUGCCGACAUGCUGCAAGUGCUCAACCCCCUGCUAAGAAGUGGAAGUCACCCUGCAAACCUGGAGAAUGUGGGCUGUUCAGCAUCACUGCAGUCUGCGCAGUCUGACAGCAACCUGCGCUCAGGUGUCCCACAGAAAAAAGAACAAAGCAGAGUGCCCCCACCUCUCUCCCCAGUGUUCCGUACGGGAAGUGAGCCUUUGCUGAGCCCCCGGACAGGACACUCAAGGCCCUGUCCCCCUGGUGGAGGAGGGACUCUGCGUGGAUCUGAUGGACAGCUGCACCCGCGAGCUCCACCCAAGCCCCUGCGCAUCUCCACCGUGUUCCCCAACGCCGUGCCCCCUCCCCCCACAGACACUGACUGUGACCCCGCCUCCUUCUAUGACGAGCUGGUCAUACAGGUGCCAGAGCGGCCCAGGGGUCAUGUGGAUCGCCUGAGGGCCGAGGAGAAGUGGCAGAGCCGGGCCCACCUCACAGAGACGUCCUUUGGCUUCCUGGAGGCACACAAGAACCAGAACUCCACUGCACUGGUCAACACGCAGGAGGACAGCUGGACGUUCCAACGGCCACAGGUGGAGAGCCAGUCCUGUUUUCAGCUGGAGAAGUUCCAGUCUGCCCUACUGCCUGAGAACAACAGACCACUGGACCCCACUGUGCUCACGUCUCUGAAAGAACUCUUCAACCGCUACGACACCAACACCACAGCUCUGCACAUGCUGCGGGUGGACUGUCAGGUGGCACGCAUUGUUGGCGUGACACAGGAGCAGUGCAGGCAGAUGGGUGUAGCCUCAGGACUGGAGCUGGUCACACUGCCGCACGGACACCAGCUUCGACAGGACCUGAUAGAGAGACAUGAGCUGAUCUCUCUGGGUCUGGCUGUCGACGUCUUGGGCUGCACUGGGACUGUGACCCAGAGGGCCAUGGUCCUCCACAGGUUCAUCCUCCUGGCCCAGUCUCUGAAGGAGCAUGCCCACGACCUGUUCUCCUUCUCUGCUGUCAUGAAGGCCCUGGAAAUGCCUCAGAUCAUGCGUCUGCAGAUGACAUGGAGAGUUCUUCGCAGGAACCACACAGAGACUGCAGUGUUGUACGAGAAAAAACUGAAACCUUUCGUGAGCGCACUCAACGAUGGCAACGACUCGGUGCUGGAGGGCCCCGUAGCAGUGCCCCACCUGCUGCCUCUGCUUAUGGCCAUGGAAGGCGAGGACCCAGUGGAGAACAGUGACCGUGGCUGUCAGACCCUGUAUGACCUCCUCCAAUCAGCACGCAGCUCAGCCCUCAACUGUAGAGACUACAGGAAACAUGCACACGAACUGCUCACAGGUUGGGAGCCAGUGUCUGAGCUGCUUGAGGCCUGCCGCACAGAGUUUGCCUUGCGCCUUCUCUGGGGACACUCGGGAGCGGCGGCAGAGAGGAGUGAGAGGCACCACAAGUUCCAGCAGAUCCUUAGUGUGCUGUCUGACAAACUGGAGCCUGUUGAGCUGCCAUCAGAGGAGCAGGACACAGCCCCCGAGGAGAGCUGA